AUGCCUAAAGCUGAUGUCUGCCCUGUGGCUCUGUUCCUGUUCGGCACGAUCGGGAACCUGCUGAUCCUGCUGACCUUACGUAACCUGCGUCUAGGGCGCAGCUCCAUGCACCUGUACCUGCGGGCUCUGGCCAUCUCGGACCUGCUGGUGCUCUACACGGGGCUCCUGCGCCAGUGGCUCGCCUGGACCUUCGACGUGGACCUGCGGGACCAGCACGUCAUCCUGUGCAAGCUGCACACCUGGCUGCUGCACGUCACGCUCUACACGUCAUCCUGGCUGCUGGUCGUCAUGACCUUGGAGCGCUCGUGCUCCGCCUGCUUCCCCCACCGCGUCAGCUCCUUCUGCACCAAGCGCCGCGCGUGUCUCGUCAUCCUGGUCAUCGUGGCCUCCCAGCUGGCCAUCCAGAGCCACUUCCUGAUUGGUCUCUCUCUCGUCCCCAACCCCAGCAACGUCACGGUCUGUGCCGCCUCCUCCACGCAGUAUGACUUCGUCGUGAACACAAUUUUACCCAUCGCCGAUGUCGUUUUGCUGUCUCUGCUUCCAUUCUUGUUUGUUAUAGUCGGGAAUGUCGUCAUCGUCUGGCGCGCCUUCCUGUCCUUGAAAACGGCAGCAGAACUGAGCUUAACUUUCAGUAAAAAUGUUCUCCAGCGUAAGCGUAGGACCUCGUCUAUGACGAUUAUUUUAAUAGGACUCAGCGCUAUUUUUUUGCUGACGACGUCACCGUCUUGUGUGUACAAUCUCUGGGAGCUGGGGGGCGGGGAUGACUCGUCGGUGCACGGGGCGGCCAGGGCGGAGCUGGCGUGGGCGCUGGUCAAUAUCCUGAUGUACUGCAACAACACCUUCAACUUCUACCUCUACUGCCUCAGCGGCCGAAAGUUCCGGAACGAGAUGAGGCGCCAGUUCUCCCGCCCCCACACAGAUUCUUUAUCCAACGCCCCCUCGGGGGUGUCGGUACAGAUGCAACGUCUGGCCCACAGUGACGUCUACAACAGCAGUUACUCGCCCCUGACUUACCAGACGUCCCUCAUCGCUAGACAAAGCAACGCGUACUUGUGA